AGUCAGUCUGUAGAGAGAUUUAAAAAGAAGGCACAGCCUCAGCCACUCUUGUGUCCUCAGGCAGACUGUUCCAAACGGCGCUCUGGCAGAAAACAUUCGGUCCCCCUUUGAGUUCAGCCUUGACUUUGGAACAACUAAAAGGGCUCUCUAUGAGAUCUAUGACCGUGAGGUGGCUCGAGGACGGUUAACAUUUCUAACCGAGCUGAGGUAAGCAUGGAGCUAAACUGUGACAAGCUCUCAAAGAUAUUAGUAACAUCUAGCACAGGAAGCAAGUGCAGAGAAGCUGAAACUGGGCUGAUGGCGACUGUUAAAGCCAGUUAAAGGUCUAGCAGGAGGCGGGAGAGAGACAAUAGUCAAGGCAAAAUUACAGUCUAGCUCCACUUUAUUGCGCAUUUGAGUAUUGAAAUGAUUUUGACUUGUUGGAAGCAGGACUGUUUUCAUUUUUUUUCUUGUUUGCUUCUAAUGAAAAGGCUGCCUCAAGGUAGUCUGAAUGUCAUGAGUUCGGUGUGCAUGCUGACCAUCACCUGGCUGAUCUGACACAUGAAAUGUAUUCUCACUUCAAAAUGUUGAGAUGAAAUGUGAAAAACUAGAAUGUGGCCAUGAUGAUGCUUUGGGUCAGUUCUGUGCAAUGGACGACUGGAAACUAUACUGGGACUAUAUUUUUCACUGAAAACUGGCCCCUUCUGGACUUCUUUUGCGUUCAUUUGCCGGCCACUGCUAAGACUAUGAUUCUCUCACACCCACACUCCUCUAUCACUAAUCUGGGAAACGGGGAGGAAAAGAGAAUCAAUGGUGGCACACAUAGGUGAAAGCUCUGAUAAUUAUCUUCCAACAACCACACAUUUAUUCCAUGAAAAACCACGACGGUUUCCUGAAAAAGGUAUCAAAGAUGUGCCUUUUAUUUGAAUAAACUAAACAAACUAUAGCCAGCUAUGUGAAAAUAGGGAAAUGAAAACCUUGAAAAACAUAAUAGAGAUGACAUGCUUGUGACACCUCAUGUGUCUUUGAAUUAUAGACAAAUAAAAGAAUCAUUUAAUGUUGAUAAUUAAAUGUGGUCGCACUGGUAUGGUGCGUGAUGUAUUCAUGAAAAGCAGAGCCACUAAGCCAGUAAAUCCAGUUGUAUUGUAGUCAAAUAAUUCUUCACAGUGGAGUUACAAAAAGAUUUGAAAAAAGAAAAGAAUACAUAAAAUGAAAGCUUUAACAUGGCAAUAAGAUGUAAUUGGCCAAAAAUAAACUGUUAGCUCAGAAACAAUCCAUAUAUUUUUUCAACAUACAUCAGUAGUUCCAAAUAUUCGACGCUCUCAUAUUCACCCUUCUGUUUCAUUCACAUUUGUCGUGCCUGCCUGAACCUCAGAUGGAAUUUAAGGUGCCUCUCCCUGGUCUGCUGUCCCUCAGUUUGUCUUCUGCCAGUUUACACCACCUGUCUCUGGAGCAUUGUCACCCAAACUCCCAUGUACUAUCUGCCCAUCCUUGACUUCAUUUCUGCCUUCACCGUGAAGCCAUUUCCCGUUGCAGUGAGGCCCACUCCAACCUCGUAGCACUGUUAUCACGCUUCGUUGCAUUUAGCUCCUUCUUAACACAGGUAUUAAGUGCUUGACAGUUACUGGAGGAUAUUCAUUUCUGGUCUGCUGGCUUUGUAAGUGCUAUGUGUGCCUGAGAGAUCAGAAAAGCAAACAUUCAGCCGCAGUGUUUUGCAACAGCUUCUCACAAAAUUGUGCAUGUGACAAUGUGCACUGCUGAAAAGCCAAAUGGUGUAACAGAAUCUAUAGUGUGGCCUGAAAUAACUUAAGCACGGACUUCUUUCUAAUGCGAAGUUUAUUGUUCUCAGUGGAGGCCAGCGUCCCACAUUGUUUCCAUAAGACAUCCUGUUUUAUUAAAGCAAGUGAGUUCAGAUACAUACUAGGCCAGACGUUUGGCAUCAGACUAAAAAUGUAACUAAUAUGUCCUAUUUUUCUUUAUUUUGUUGUUUUUCUUUUUGUCACCACCACCACUUCAGCAGUGAAUAUAUCAUAUUUUUGUUUUAAGACAUAACAUUUUCUUCUUUUCAUUGGCCAUUAUUGUUUUUCUUGUUCCUCAAAAUGCAUUGAAGGAAUACUGAAAAUAUAUUUUGAAACAAAUUGCCUUUUUAUCUUGAGCGUCUAGGCCAUAGUUGAUUUAUAUUCAAACCAAGUGCAUAUGAAAUGAAAUAUUUCAAUAGGUCUCAUGGCAUAUUUAUUCCAUUUAUUCUCAGAACCGUUACGGUUUAUCAUGUGGCCCUUCAGGAAAUUUAAUUGUGUAUCUCUGUUCUUGCCAUUUGGAACGAAUGACCUUCUUUUAUAACUGCUUUUGGUUUAUCAGCUUGGCAUCAUAUAACUAUGUUCUUAAGACAAACACAUGGACAAGACUUGAGUCACAUGACAGACUUGUAGGUUUGUGAGGUCACAGGGACAUACUCUUGUGGUUUUUCUCCAUUGUAGCUCCAAAGAAUCUGGGGAAAUUAAAUGGCCUCAUUCAUAGCAGUGACUCAACAAAGCAUUUACUCUCUGGUGACAGAAACAUUAUAACCUUUCAAAUGUGCAAUCUGUUAUGAGCCACGAGUGAAGAAGGGUUUGUUGCCAGUAAGUCUCAGCUGCGAGCAUGUAAAGUCAUUUAUACAGUUAAUCUAGUAUUUGAAAAUUACUCUCAUUGGCGGAAGAGGCAGAAGCUAAAAUGUUGUGAUUGUUUUUACAUUGUGCGAACGACAUGCAAGAGAUUAAAAAGUGAGAUGCAUCUUCUCCGAGUAGAAAUUAGUUUUCAGUUUUCCAGACUUUCAGUUGUGAUGCGAGUUCCGACGUAAAGAGCUCAAAAACAUCUUCUCUGACAGAGGAAUGAAAUGGAAUCACCAGUCUCAGAUAAAAGAAGUGAUCGAAAGUCUCGGGGAAGUGUGUUGAUUCAGUACGUGAGCCAUCCACACAGUGUAUGACUUCUGCUUAUUUCUUUUGUUGAAAUUGGAUACAAACUGAAGGAAAAUGGACAACAGAUACAGCUGAUCUCCUAUGGGUUGUACGAUGAGUCACAGGUUGAUAUGGAUGACAAACAAAUUCAGGAAUAGACUAGUUUGUGUGUUUGUGUCAUAAUCCUGUGACAUUAAAGGCUUUCACUAAUGUCAGCCUAGAAAUGUAAUGUUUACUGCAAGUAUAGUUGUUUGAAGGAGUUGGAUGGUUUUAACAUUGUUAUUCCAUUGUGGUUUUGCUUGUUGUUAUCAUUGUUAUUAUGAUUUUUUUUCAGGCACAUUAAAAUGAACGCAAUAAAACGGGUGUUCCAUAUGUCAAGUAGUUAUAUAUCGCCAUCUAACGGUUCCUACUAUAUUCCCAUUACAUCAAAAUGCUCUUCUCCCAAACUUUGUUAACAUUUUAGAAAUAGGUCAGAUUUUACAACUUAAAAUGAGCAACAUACUGUAAGUGGUAUAACUUACAGUAUGUUGCUCAAUUUGAGUCAAUUUGAGUUAAAACAUUUUAUUUGGAACAUCGAACAAAAGAUUAAAUGUUGCUUUGCCGUCAAAUAAAAAGGUGUUGUACUUGUUUGUUGCACAAUUACUGGCUUAUAGUUUUUUUUCCUGAAUAACCUAAACGACUAAAUACGAUAGAAGUAAUGCAAUACUCCGUUCGCAUUUUUUGACGGGGUUUUGUCCUCACCGGGUUGCCGUCACAACGUGAUGUUGCUACAUGUUAGCAUUAUUUGUUUUACAGCGAGACCCCGAGGAGCAGCGUCUCGUACAGCCACAUUGGACUCCUUGGCUCCAAAGAUGGAUGUGGAUGAGUCUUUGCAGCUUCCAACAAUAACUGCUCCUGUGGAGGAUUGUAAGACAGUGGACCUACUUAAUGAAGAGCUGGACCAAUACACCAGUUGUCAGGAGAGAAAAGAAGAGCAAGUGCUGACCACAGACUUGGCUGAAACUGAGAUCUGGUCACAGAGCAAUGCAGAGGAACAGUACCCCGGUCAAACUGAAUCAGAUGAGGAGGAUGUUAAGCCUAAUGUAGAAGAUCUGGCAGCUGCUUUUCUCAAAGGGCCAUCGGAGAGUGUGUCCAUCCCCCCUCUCAAAUGUUUGUCCAUCUGCUUGCCUGACUGCUUGAAAGAUCCCUCGGUGAUUGCAGCAGCAGGGGUCAUCUAUGAAGAUGCUGCUCUCAUAGAAAGCUCUGACUUCCAAGAUGCACCACCUAAAUCCAAACCUUUCAACUGCGGCCAUUGUGGGAAGGCUUACGCCAGUCGGUCUCACCUCCUCAGACAUCAGGACUUUUUCUGCAGUUUGAAUGUGUGUGACGAGGAAACGGAGGAUUUGGCUUCAUUGUUUCAAUGUGACACAUGCAGCCGGAAAUUCCGAAGUGAAAAGCAGCUGAAGGCUCACAAGUGUUCCAGGAAUGGGGAGGGUGAAACAUGCGGUCUGGUGCCACGGGAGAGGUCUCAUCCCUGCACUCUAUGUGACAAGAGCUUCUUCUCGUCUGCCAACUUACAACAACACCAACUCACCCACACAGGGGAGAGAUCGCACAACUGCACGGUGUGCGGAAAGAGUUUUGCCAGGUUGGGAACGCUGAAGUCGCACCAGUUAGUCCAUACAGGGGAGAAGCUGUUUCAGUGCGAGCAGUGUGGCAAGAAGUCUAUUCGGAUGGGUGACUUGAAGGUGCACAUGCUCACGCACUCCCAAGAGCUCCCGUUCACCUGCAACUACUGCGGUAAAAACUUCCGGCAGGUGGCCAAGCUGAAGCUCCACCAACGAGUUCACACUGGCGAGAAACCGUAUCAGUGCCAGGUGUGUCAAAAGCAGUUCAGUCACCAGCAGUCACUCUCUGUCCACAUGUUCACUCACACGGGGGAAAAACCUUUCAUCUGCUGCACGUGUUCCAAAGGCUUUGCGGAUAAGAACAAUUUAAGAAAACAUGAGUUGAUUCAUGCAGGGAUUAAGCCGUACUCCUGCUCUUACUGUUCGCGGGGUUUCCGUCUGCAUCACCAGAUGGUUUUUCAUGAGCGCACACACACCGGAGAGAAGCCCUACAAGUGUGGCAUCUGCCAGAAGUCCUUCACUCAGCAUUCAGGUUUCAAAAGACACCAGCAAAUCCACGAGCUAAAACCCCACUCUUGCCCCCAGUGUGGCAAGAAUGUGACCAGUCUUUCUGGUCACCAGUGUGAAAUCAGUGCAGAAAGGCCACACCAGUGUCCGCAAUGUAAGAAGGGCUUCUCUCAUGCGACGAAUCUGGCAAAGCAUAUGGUCAUCCACACUGGGCAUAAACCGUACCCGUGCACAGAGUGUGGGAAGCAGUUCAACGACAGAAGCAAUCUCAGAAAACACAUGCGUAUCCACACCAACGAGAGGCCAUUCGAGUGUGUCACGUGCGCAAAGCGAUUCAGGCUGCAGCACCACCUCACGCACCACCUGGAGUCGUGUGCAAAUCGACAGAAAACAACAGAUAAGGCUCACACAGAGACAGGGCUUAGUGUUGGGUAAAUGAGGCGUCAUGACACAAUGACACAGUGUUGAUACUGGUGCGCCGGCGCAUCGGUGUCGCGGGACCAAUCACUAAUGGGACUCCCUUUAUUCACCAGGUGCUUCGUUCAGCCGCCAUCAUUGUACAUACUGGAUCAUGUGGCUGACGUGAGUUUCAAGUUUGUAAUUCUAAAUCCACAAAACAAAGUAAAUUUGCCGACCUUUGUCAUGUUUUUGUGAAUAUAGUGUUCGUCAAAUAAAAAUGAUGGCAGCGUCCGUGUGUGUGAAUCUCUUGCCGGUUUUACCAACACAAAGUUCAAAGCCAAGAUCUUUCCUGACAAGCCCCUUAUAACCCCAUGUAUUCAGCCCCUCGAUCCCACCAGUCCAGUUCAGUGUGACCAUGAAAAGCACGAUGCACACAAUAAUACAGAUGGUUGACUAAUUGAUACUCCUCAAUGUGUGGUCUGGUAAGCGUAAAGAAGAUGACCUCUGAACUUGGUUGGGAACGUUCCGUCCCCUGGUUUGUCUACUUUGUGGUACUGGCAUUUCUAUUUCAUUCUUCAGUUGAGUUCAGCUUCAUUUGAGUGUGCUGCUUACAGAGUGCAAGUGCAACACGUUGCAUGCAGGUAGGCAGCUACAGGGUGCAACACGAGCUGUGCCAAGCGUAAGGCUGCCACUAGGUGAUAGUUGUCAAGAUAUUACUUGACAAAGGCCUUGCUUGACACUUACACGCAGUAACAAUCCACACAAUGCAUUUUUAAAAUGAACUGACAAGAAACAAAGAACAAAAGGUAGUCAUUGAGUCGGCUUCUGUCACCAUGGAUAAAGAAUGGAGAAAAUAGAGGAUCGGCUCAUGGGUUAUGUUUGUAGACGGCCAUUUCGUCACGUUGGUCAACGUUUUGGAAAUCACACAUAGAACAUGAUGACAGUACUGGAAGCAAAGGACUGGAAGUGUUUCCAUUUCUGCAGAGUCAGAGGCUGGGAAUGCUAAUAAUGCCGUUUGAUGUUUUGUGAAUAUGUCUGUAAUGCUGAUGAGAUAAAUAAGCAUUUGACUGAUGUCACCUAAGAUGUCCCAUUU